GAUUACCCGCUUCUGUCACUUUGUUUUCGGUUUGUCGCCAUAACAACCUCCAUGGUACGGAGCAAAACUUGCGCGGAACGUGGUGAAGGCCCGUAGAUUUCUUACAUGGUCUACCUCAACGACCACCAGGCGAAGCGGCUGCAAGGAAGCACGCAGCUGUAGAAACGCUGAAGCUAUGGACACAACGGAUACUGAAUCGGUAGAAGAUGAAUCUGAACACCAACAGCAACCGUACGUGGACAUCGAGGCUAUCAACAACACGCUAACGGAAGUCCACCAGCAGUACAAUAACCUGCUACUCAAGUACUCCAAUGCUUUAAAUAUAAUUGACGAGCUUAAAUGCCAACUAGCUUGCGGGGUGGUCAAUAAAGAAGUCGCCGGUGGCUGGAGCGAGUCCAAUGCAUUGGAACUUCGAAAAGACGUCCGCUAUCUCGAGGCUGAUAUAACACGGAAGCCAUUGCCACUGGCCCCAAGUAAGCGAAACUCAAAUUUUGUUACGGUACGGCAUUCUGGAGAUCGCAUCAAUCGAGAGAGGGCGAUCCUUUGUGCUUCUGACGUCGGCAGUCUGCCACCGCUAGAACAUAGACAAGUUGGGCUGCACUCCCCCACUGGAGUGUCUACUUUUCCACCAGAAAACAACCUGCGGAAAGCGCGUCACAUAGAAGCAGACUGUGAACUCGAAGCGUUGGAAGAACCUGCAAGCAGCUGUAUGAGCGUCAUACUUGACCCUACAAAUGACUUUGUUUCAUACACAGCCCCCACAAGCAUGGAUGAUGCACCCAAAUUUUCAUCGCACCCGUGUGUCUAUGAUAGCACUCGUAGGAGAUCUUCGAGUCACAAGACUGCUUCAGUGCAGCGCAAGUACCACCAAGUUGCUGUAGUUUAUCCAGCGCAGCGCAAUGCCGAGUUGUGCACUGUGGGUUGCUGCCUAGCUCAUUCCUGCUGCUGCUGCACCGAACAAAAGAAAUCCAUGCACCGCCAAAUGGAUGCUCCCCAUUCCUCAUGCUGCUUCAAUGCUGGCCUUGACGCCACGUUUACACAUCUUUCAAGAAAAUGCCUCUGGCCCUCCAGUGGCACAAGUGCCACCGCAGAUACUUCACUAUUUAAGAUCUCAUCAGCUUUGGACAUUGCCCUCAAGCUUGCAGCAGAAUUGAGGAAAAGUUCCUCUUCUCUGCUUCAACAACUAUAGGGCCAACUUUAGUUGUAAUAUUUCUACAUUUUAUUUACCUAUAUGAUGGUAUUCCAUUGACUGACACAGGAAGCCUGCUGCUCACAGUGAAUCGUCUUAAAAUUUAUUUAGCUGCCUACUAUAAAGAUGCAUUAAAAAAGAAAUGAAACGUGCCAAAACAAUUGAGUGAAUCAUGCUGCCAUAUUUUUUCUGACAGAAAGUGAUCCCUUUAUUUGUUUUACGUUGGUGACAUUCUACAAUAAAACAUUUUUUACACAACUU